GUUUUUUUGUUGAUUCGAGGCGAUCUGUUGGAUCCGUCUACUUUUGAUCUGUUGACGUUACAGUUGAUGUCGUCUUUCUAUAUAUGCCUGCCGCCACCACGGUGUAGAUGCCCGCUGCUGUGCCCCGUGCUUCUUAUAGUAGUAGUAGUUAGUACUCCGUACAUAGUAGCAGGUGGAUCACUAAUCUUUUUUUCUGAGUCUACUAGGUUAUAUUUUAGUGUAGGGUUUUUUUUUUGAGGGAAAAAUAAUUUUGAGUCUAGGUUUGUUUUUGGAGUAACAUUUUUGGAUCACUAAUCAAGUAAUGAUGAUUGCUGUCUAGUCUGUGUUGGGCUAACGUGGUCUCGCCGAAUAAUUAGUAUGUGUUGCCCAAAUCUUGGAAGCCCUGGGAGUCAAUUGAGGCCUUCGAUUUUGGAUUCACGUUCUGAUUUUGACUGGGCCGUCGACUGGGUUCACGGGCUCCGCUUGUUCACACAGCGUCUCGAUGCCUCGCGGGCGUCGCUCGGCCCCACCCCACGCCCCCAAUCUCGCCUGCCAGUUUCUAAAACAAAAAAAUCUCGCCUGCCCGACUGGCGGUGCCGCCACCCGCACCGCCGCCUGCCCGACCGGGGUCGUCGCCACCCGCGCCCUCACACCUCGCCCGCGCCGCCACCUGCCCCGCCUCGCGUCGUCCGUGCCCCUCACGACCCUGGCCCACACCUCCCUCGCAGCGCUCCCGGUCCGCUUGCCGCCCUGCCUCAUGGCGAGAGGGGAGGCGAUUUGGUAAAAGCCGUCUGCGGUCCAGGUUUCUGGUGGCGACUGCUGCGUCUGGAGGUGUGCUGCCGCUACGUCUGCGCCUUGGGCGUGGCCGCUUCAUCCCGGUGGCCUGCUGGCUUGGCUACACAGCCUGAAGGCUGGGGCGAGCUGCCAUGUGAUCUGAUAAGGCGGAUUGUCGAGAAUUAUCUGUCUUGUGGAAUUGACAGGCGACGCCUCUCAUGGAUCAACAGGCACUGGGGCGAGACUAUCCGCGAUAUGAAGCUGCCAGAACUGCCAUGGAUGUUCCUCCCUUCAACCAGCACUCCGAUGUUUUUUGAACCUGUGACUCGGUGCCUGCACAAGAUCUGGCUUCCGGCUGCACUUAAGAGUGGGAUGCUGUGUGGGUCAUCAGGGCCAUGGAUAUUCAUCAGCCUCGGGUACCCGGAGCGACAAUUCAUUUUAUACAACCUAUGCAAUGGAGAGAAGAGAGGUCGCAUUGACCUGCCGGUGACGAUACUGAACAAGGAAGGUAUGAUUCACAACGUCUGGGUUGAGAUGGCAGCCCUCUCACGCCCCCCUUCAACCGCUGAGUACACGGUGGCUGCAGUGGUACGCAUUGGCGAAUCCCUUGUUCACACCAUAGCGACGUGGGAGUCCAAUGAGGAUCACUGGACUGAGAUUGGAACUGUGGAAGAUGGAGUGUUCGACAUGUUGUUCUAUCAGGGCUCCUUCCACUUCCUCACGUCCAGUGAAGAUCUGAUCAGGCUUGUUCCGGAGGGCCUCUCAUUCAGAAUGGAGAGUUAUCAUGUUAAGUUUCGCUCCAGCAAACCGAUUGAUGAUUACUAUGAAGCUCAGGAGACAGGUUACAUACUGAGGAGGUACCUGGUGGAGUCCACAGCAGGACAUCUUCUGUUUGCCGUGAAGUGUACGCAUGGUAGCAGGAAGACAUUUGAUAUCAAACUGUUGCGUCUGUCUGUUGACGAUGCCGGCCAAGCCAGGUGGGCCCAUUACAAGAACACAAUGGAUGAAAUGAUUUACCUAGGUCAGGCUUCCUCUGUAUCUUGUGUCAGUCAGGGUGAGCCAACUAUUCAUUUUCUUGAUGACCGUAUGGUGAAGAGCGAGGCCGAGGCGGAUCACUACUACAGGAGGGACAUGGGAGGGUUGCAGCCCCAUGUCCUCCAGGUUGGCUGGUACGGUUACCGAACACCAAACGAAGAAUCCAGGUUCAGCUAUCGAGCACCAGACGACAUAGGAGCGACUGACGUACCAACACCAGUUUGGUGCAAGCCCCAGUCUGGUGGUUCCACCACUGACUGACUGCCACUCCUGUGACCAUCAUCGUCAAUGCUUAGUCCAGCUCCGCUUGUUUUCAAGGAUUGACACUACCCUUUUCUCUAUUUGCUCAUUAUAUAUAGAGAAUGUGAAUUCUGCUUUCUAGGAUUGCAAUUCCUGGAAAAGGGGAAUUUCCGAGUAUUGGUUCUACCACGUGAAUGACUGUCACUCCUGUGACUAUCAUCGUAUCUCUGCUUGCUUAGUCCAGCUCCGCUUGUUUACUCAUUUUAUAUAGAGAAUGUGUGCUAGCUGUAUGUGAAUUCUGCUUUGUAGGAUUGCAAUUCCUCUUAUUCCCUAUAUCUGGACUCAUAAUGCGUCCUUUCAACUUUUGCUUGUAUGAAAGGUGAUCGUUACAUGGUUAUAGUAACAACAGACAAUUCUAGUGA